GUACUGCAAUUCAGCUGGUUACAUUGAUCAGCGGCUAGCAGUUCAACUAGUAAUUCAGCGAGUUGCACACUCAUUAAUGAUAGCUAUGGUACAGCUGCAGCCUACACAACCAACGCUUCUUGCCACCUCUACUUCAACAUGUUGUACCAGUACGAGUGCCGGAACACAAGCCUGGCCCCAGAACAUUUGAAUGCCACACAACGUUGUCAACAGUCAACAAGCAACUGCCAGUGCAGUGCUAUUGCUAUUGCUUCCUGCCACGACACAACAUGACAGUGCCCAAUGUGGGCUCAAUUUCCAUUGUAGGCAUUCCUGUAAUCAUGCGUUGUCUUGCCUACUUCACACAAACAGGUGGGGUGCUCCCUCUCAAAAGAAAAGUCCUUCUAGUACAAGUCAAAGUGCGGCACAAGCUCCAAGCCUGGUCAAAGAGUAACACACUUUUGAUACAACAGCACCCCUUGGAGCUUAGACACCGUCGAAAGUACAGUAGUAGAAGUGGCCUUCAAUGGCCUACAAUCUGUGAAGCAAGCGUAUCGACUACUACAAAGUUAUUGUGGGCGUGCCCGUCUUGCAUGCAUUCCCAUCAGGGAUCUGCCUUGCAUUCCAGACUCUGGCAUUCUGCUGACAGCUCCUCUUCACUGCCAAUAGUAUGAUCAGAGCCUCCCAGAAACACUGGCAGAACCCCAUCCACCUCAGCACUCAUGCACCCACAUCAGGUGCCGCUG